AUGAACGAGAGAAUAAAUACAAGUUCCGUUGGGGAAAAUGGUCUCCAAGAGUCUGACAUCGAGAAGGCUGUACUAGCCUCAUCAGGAUCGUGGUCAAGCACCAUCCUCGAUUCUUCGGCAUCUGCCAGGUCUGAUACAAUUCAGAAAGACCAACGGCAAGGGUUAGAAUCCAGUGAGAAUACUAGACUCUGUUCUGUACCGGGUUCCAACACUCACGGCAAUCUCAGACAAAAGAUCAAUAUCAUUGACUGCAUUGGGAGCCUUCCUCCUCCAUAUUGUUUCCUUCUUAUCCCCAAUGACAAUAGCAGCUCAGUUGAGGAAUUAACACAACGAGAAGAAGGCCGAGCAGAAGAAUCUCCGAGAGCUAUACUCUCUUCUCCAAACCCAGCGCCGUAUGUCGUCCCAGGUCGGCUUUUCCUCGAAAAGGCUUCUAAUCAGCACCCAGCAUCAAUCGAGGAAUACCCAGCUGGUUGGCCACAAUUAGCAGCAUUCCUCCACAGCGAAGAUAACUUUGCAAUCUUCAGGCGAUUUGGGAUGACCCACUGCCGAGUCCUAGUUCAGCUGCAGGCUGAAAUACAACUCCUCGAGCAAGAACUAACAAACCUCGACAGCGAGGAUGCCAAGCAUCCCGAUAGAACAUGGAGACUUCAAAUGGCAGACAUUGAAGAAAAUAGGGAUCUUUCCGAUGCAGCUCAGAAAAUUCUGCUGAAGAAGUUGCAAGAGAAACUUCUCGUCUAUGACCAAUUACUGCUGAACGACCAGAAACUUCGUGAAAUAGGACACGCAAAACAAAACGACCAUCUCAGCGUUUAUCACUGGAUAUGCCGAGAAAAACCUCUCGGGGCUGGCCAGUACAACUGGAUCUUCCACGCAACUGAUUUCGUCCCACUUUCCAAAACGGAUCAGUUCGAAUACUCUAUCUUGAACUCAUUCCUCAAGCGCCUCUUCCUCUCCCCAAAAUCAAACGGAACAAUAGACCACUACUCCAAAUCCGCCGUAACCACAUUCACAAAACUGAUCAGCGUGCUCUUCGCUGUCGCGAUUCUGGUAGUCCCAAUCUUCAUCCUUCUCUGGAUCCCUGAAACCCGCGCUUGGAUCUCUGCCACUGUAUUGAUCUCCGUGUUUGUGUUCUCGGCUUUGAUGACGCUCUUUUCUGGUGCCAGGGUGCAGGAGAUCUUGGUGGGGACUGCUGCGUAUUGUGCUGUUUCGGCGACGUUCUUGGGGAAUACGCAGACGAGCUCGGGAGUAAGAUGA